UAAAUUCCAUCCCCCUUCCUUUCUCUCGUUGUGCUUUAAAAAUCCAUCAUUACUUUCUUUGCCUCCGGGCUGACAGGAUUCUUAUUUACCUUUCAACGCCGUCGUAUUACUUUCAGCGCGGCGUGCACUGUUGCCUCCGCGUUUCUUUUCUGUGCACUGCACCUUAUCAGGUGGCGUUUAAGCUUCGCGACGGAUCUUUGAGCGAAGUGAUCUUGCUCUUUUUCCAUUUUUCCAAUCGCCUUAUACACGACUAGUGCAUGGGAAUACCUCAAGCAGCUUCGUCUGUACCCUCCAGGGCCGUCGACAACAUGUCGGGUUCGCCUGUGGCCCCCGCUGACAAUAGCACCCCGCGUCCGAAGACUGCCAGACGACGAGGCAGAGGCGGCCGUGGCGGUCGUGGCUCUGUUCGAUCUAUCCCGACAGAGCCCCACACACAACCUGAAGCUCAGGAGCCGUCUCAAGCACCAGCAAGCGAAGCUUCGUCGUUGAGUAUACAGCCGAACGAAUCGUCACGGGCCGCGAGAGGAUCGAGAGGAGGCAAACGGGGUGGACGAGGGGGAGGCGCAUCUCAGGACAGCAGUCGACGACGUGGACGAGGACGAGGUGAAGAAUCAAAGACUGUGAGCGGUGGGCUGGGAGGACGGUCAUUUGAGGGACGAUUGUCGAAACCCGAGCGGGCGUCUGACGAGGAUCAGCCCGAUGAUACGGGGGACUUGAGCUUGAAAGCUGAUGCGCCCGAAUUCGUCCCCGGAGCGCCUACGGAUUCUACGACCAGAAAGGGCAAGUCGAAGAACGUUCAGCCUCGGCCGCCGAAAAUAACGACGAAAUCUACAGCACCUGAUAUCGCCACCCGGAUACACGAAGACAUCGCGCACAAUCUCUAUGAAUGUCCGAUUUGUACAAGCGAGCUGGGCCGGAGGUCGCGGGUCUGGUCUUGCGUCAAGAAAUGGUCAAAGAAUGAAGGAUCGGCCGCCCAGGAUGCUGCGCGUCGGCAGGCAGAGGGAGAGCCCAGUGCACCGCGUGCCUGGCGUUGCCCUGGCUUCGAUCCCCGUCCGCUACCUGGCCUGCCCCCACACUCGUGCGGCUGUCCGCAUCCGUGCGAUGCGACUUGCCAUGCCGGUCCUUGCUCACCUUGUACCGCGAUGGGCCCGACUCAGGAUUGUUUCUGUGGGAGGAAUUCGUCGACUAAGCGCUGCCAGGAUACAGAUUACGAGAAUGGUUGGAGCUGUGUCAAAAUAGAAGGUCGUUGCUAUUGUGGAAAGGUGCAAACCGAGAUGCUUUGCAGCUCCAAGGAUGAGGAGUUUGAAAGCCAACUGGCGCGAGGGGACGAUGGCACGAUCGUUGAGUGGAUUGGUUGUUUCAGCUGCAGAGAUCAGUGCAGUCGUUGCCAUCCUCAGGAUGCACAUCCCGCUCAUUGCCCACGGUCGCCGGAUGUCGUUUCUCACUGUCCUUGCGGGAAGACGUCGUUGACAGAGAUGCCCGACUUCUCCCCCCCCUGUGGCAAGAUGCUGGAUUGUGGACACUCAUGCGACCAGAUCUGCCACACCGGCCCGUGUGGCUCGUGUCGACGCAAGGUGCCAGUUAAUUGCCGCUGCGGUCGCACCACGGUUGUAACUGUGUGCCAUCAAGGCACGAUUGAACCUCCUUGGUGCUGCCCUGGGGAGCAAAAAGCCAUCGAACGUCAGGCCAUGCGGCGGAAGCUCAAGUCCCACCUCCGACCUAGCGACGAGGAUGUUGAAGCCGAACAUAUUUGCACCCGAGUUUGUGGUCGUCCGCUGAAAUGCGGAAGACACACAUGCCCGGAAAUCUGCCACAAGGGCCCUUGCAACACUUGCCGAGAGGCAAUUUUCGAGGACAUCCCGUGUAAUUGUGAGAGCUGUCCCAAGUGCCCUUUCCUCACGGAGAAGGCCUGUCUUUGUGGCAAACGUGUGUGCGGUGAACCGCUUAAAUGUGGCUCUCAUUCCUGCCAGAAGACCUGCCACCGGGCUGGUGACUGCGAGGAUGCCUCCAGACCUUGCCAACAGCCAUCCCUGUCAUGCCCGUAUCAGUGUUCUGAGAAGACGCCCUGCGCGUCCAUGGUCACAGUAACAUGUGGCUGUGGACGGCUUCGUCAAUCGCGGCGCUGCAACGCAGCAGCGGCAUCGAAGGGACCGGUGCCGCAGCCAACAAGAGGACCUUCCCUGACUCCGUUGACAUGCGACGACGAAUGCGCGCGUCUAGAGCGCAAUCGUGCCCUGGCAUCCGCGCUUGGCGUCGAGAUCAACCCGACAACCACGGUUGCAUCGAACAUUACUCCCAACACCCUUCCUUAUUCAACAGAAACCCUGGACUUUUAUGUCCAGCUUUCUUCCACCUCUCCGCUCUCCACUCUACAGACGUACGAAUCAACCCUCCAUUCCUUAGCAACCAGCACCACCCAGCGAUCCGUACGCUUCCAGCCCGCCAAAUCCCCACUCCGUGCAUUCAUCCACUCCCUAGCCGCGGACUGGGGCUUCGCCAGCGAGAGCUUCGACCCAGAACCCCACCGUCACGUCUUCGUCCUGAAGCCCACAACGUGGACGCCACCACUCCUCGGGUUCGGCCCCGAGAACUCCAUCGGCAUCGGCGGCAAGAGUGUCGGUGAAUGCGUUAAGCUCCGCGAACGCCAACGCCUUAAGGAGCGCGAAGCGCAACGCCUCGCCGCAGCAGAAGCCAAGGCGCUCAAGGAAGCUGCCAAAGCGCAGCAGUCCACGGAUACAACCAGCGACGGCGGCUGGGCCCAGGUCGCUGCCUCCCGUCGCAGCAACGGCCUAAGCUCGACGAGAAGCACAACGCCCCGGGGCUGGGGUCUUCCUAAGAAGGAGAAGCUUGUUCUUCGGUCCGGCGUAGGAGCCGCGAAGAAGAAUCUCUCUACUCCGCCCGCGACUGAGGUCGCGGAUAACUGGGAAGAAGAGGAGGAAAAGGUGGAGCAGGAGGAGGAGGAGCGCGAGCGUGAGCGUGAACGCGAGCAACAGUCGGAAGGGGAAGAACAGCCCAAAUUGGAGGAGAAUAACGAAAUGACUGAUGCGAGGAAUUCGGUCGAGAUGUCUGCCGAAGCGGUUGUCUCGACGGAUUGAUCCACUUAUUAACUGAUUGAUUGGCUUUAAAGCUGGAUGCAUUGCUAUCUGCUACUCCGGCCAUAUGCCACAUUUGCAUGGAUGCGUUAGGUGUUUUGUUGACUGUCAUCGUCAUCAGCAAGCGUGGGUUUGUAUGCAUAUGACAUGGAUUCUAGAUAAAAGUUACAGACCGAAUAGAAAGGUUCUGGUAAUAAGAUUAGAGAGCGCGUGCUG